CUCUGAUCGACACAACAUUUCUGUCUGUAAGCUGUGAUAAAAAAUGGAAUAUUCUUUAUUUACUCUGCUAAUUUUGUCAAUGGCGAUUAUGAACCUCGGAUACGAAGUGGAUGUCGUACACGAAUGGGAAUACGUUGAGUUUGAAUGGGAAAGUCAAGAGCAGAAGGAAAAUGCGAUAAAUUCUGGCACUUACAAUCCUAACACUAGCAUAUUGGUAGAUGCAACUAAAACAGAUGAUGGUAGAUUAUUCAUUACUGCUACUAAUGUAUUUGGACCUGGUUCACCUGCUACUUUGACGACAAUAACUAAUAAGACAGGAUCAGGAGGUCCCAUUUUACGGCCAUAUCCAAAUUGGAGUUGGCAUAAUGGCAGUUGUAUUUGUGAUGGUAUUGUAAAUGUUUUCCGAAUAGAUAUUCAAUGUAAUCACAUCAUUGUUCUGGAUUAUGGCAAAAUGGGGCUAAGCCAAAUCUGUAAUCCAAAACUAUUAAUCUUUGAUUUAAAAGAUGAUACGCUAGUUAAAACCAUUCAUCUCCCACUUGAUUUCGCUACUAACCAAACAGGUUCUGGAUUAUUGAUAACGCCUUUGGUUUAUAUUCGGAACAUUUCCGGAAAAUGCACGCAGUUUCUGAAUAAAAUGUUUGUAUUUAUAACUGACUCGGGAGGUUCCGGUUUAAUAAUGUAUGACUCAUCUAGAAAGCGUAUGUGCAGAAUCGAAUCUGAUUACAUGAAACCGACUGAUACUUCUUUCUCUACAGCAGGUGAAAAUUACACGUUUGAGGGCGGUAUCGCCAGUCUAACAAUCCUUGACGAUGAACUUUAUUAUGUUCCUAUAUCGAGAAAAGAAAUAUAUAAGAUAAAAAUAGAAACGUUACUAGAAUGUCCAAACAAAGAAGAGGCUAAUAAACAAAGUAAACUAGUGACUAAAUUAUCAAGCCAAACAGCAGUUAUUACAUCAACGAAAAAUUCAAUAUUUUAUAGCAACCUUGAGGCAAUGUCUAUUCUAGGCAUGAACGUCAAUAAAAUAUCUAAUGAAAACGCGGUGGAACUAGCGCAAGAUGACGAAAAAUUUCAAUCCAUUGUUUCAAUGAAACCUUCAUAUUAUUAG